GGGCGGGGCCUCUCGGGGCCAAGCCCCGCCCCCUCCCCUAUAAAUACGGCUUCCCGGUCUCUUUGUGGGGCCAGGAGCUCGGUGGAGAGCUGGGAGCUCCGGCUGCUUUGCCGACGUCGCUGGCCGCGGGGCUGUCCCGGGAAGGCGGACGGCGAGCGCCCGUGUGCGCCCGUGUCAUCCUCGCUCGGGACGCAGGGACCGUUUUUAAAUCACAAGGGCGUGGGUCAGCCUCCCUAGGACUUCAUGUCUGUAUAUUUCCCCAUUCACUGCCCCGACUAUCUGAGAUCAGCCGAGAUGACUGAGGUGAUGAUGAGCACCCCAUCCAUGGAGGAGAUUGGCCUCAAUCCCCGAAAGGACGGCCUUUCCUAUCAGAUCUUCCCCGAUCCGUCAGACUUCGACCGCUGCUGCAAACUGAAGGACCGCCUGCCCUCCAUUGUGGUGGAACCCACAGAGGGUGAGGUGGAGAGUGGGGAGCUCCGGUGGCCCCCCGAGGAGUUCUUGGUCCAGGAGGAUGAGCAAGACAACUGCGAAGAGACAGCGAAAGAAAACAAGGAGCAGUAGAGUCCCUGCGGACAGACCCCUGUGGGGUCACACUAGCCAGCAUAUGUUCCUGAACUGUGUUUUUCCCAUCAUGGUGGAAGAAGAGAGUGAGCCACAGUAGUUCUGAAAAUGUCAAACGAGGCUUCCGUUUUGCACCUGCAAAUCACCGAGUUGGUUUUCUUUUCUUUGCUUGUCUUUUCUUGAAAUCUGCCGAGCAGUGGAGCCCUCUGACGACUCGCAAGGCCUUCUGAGAAAGGGAGCUGCUUAGGGCCGGGGGUGGGGGCGGGGGAGAGGGUGCUGUUUCCAGAUCAUUAUCUGAACUCCAGUGGCCGGAGGCAGUGGUGGGAUUCCAGUGGGCUCUGGGGCAGGGGGCAUGGGGGAAGUACAAAGCCAGCAAGGAACAUUUGGGGUAAGAAAACAAACAAACUCGAGGCAAAACAGAAAAUACACGUUUUUAAGAAAACAUUGAGCAGAGAGCUGCAGCCAGGAAGUGCUCAGCAACCACUCACUCUGGCCAUGGGAAAACCAAGUCUUCAUCUCUCUCCGGUGUCACCCGCCCCACCCUUUGCUCUUGUUUCAGGUGUGUUGGUCUGCGAUGGGGAGGAGGGUGAAGGACAGCUGAGCGACUGGCUGCUCGCACAGCCAGCUGGAGGGGAUGUGCAGGAAAGAAAGGCCACUGUCCCUCUCCAGGGCCUCUUUGCCCCCAGCUGUGGUGGGCUCAGUAGCCCCCGAGAUCAGGAGGUUUGUAAGAGGCAGUGCUUUUGAGCUUUUCUCCCUGACAUGUCCUUUUUGCCUCCAGCACGCUGGGGAGUAGCAGAGCACUUCCUGCCCCUGUCAGAGGCCUCAAGGCAGACACCUGGACGUGGAGGUCCCUCCGUCCAUUGCGCCUGCCCAGGACUUGCUCUCAGAGUCAGAGCGGAGGCUGGGAGCAAGCGGGCUCACCGCCCUUCUCUGUGCCCCCACCUUCCCAGCCCGCAGCCAGGCAGAUGGAUCCCCACUGUACGUCCCGCCGGCCCGGCUGGCUGUGCUCCCGUGGCCGCUCUUGCUCUGUUUUUCUUAUGAAAGCUGAGGCAACCUUUUCUGUUUCUAGUUGGGGAGGUGAGCUUUCACCCAGGUCCCAAGAGCUGCGCGGCCUGGGUGUUACUGUGUGGGGGUGACAAAGCUCAGGUAGCAGCCCUGGGAUCAAGUUUGAGACUGAAGGGUGUCAUGAGCCCCCCGGCUGCCCCCAUGUUGUUCCCGGACACAGGUGUUCUAAGGAAGGCGUGGCGAGGGGGCUAUGCCAUCCCCACUGAACGGUGGUCCUCCCUCCCUCACCAGCUGGACGAGAACGUUGGCCGCUGGACUGAGAGCUUCUUAUUGUAGUUAACAACCUUCUGGAGUGGCAGGUUGCAGGAAAAACUCUUCAAUCCAUCUCAGAGCGGGACUGCGUGGCCAGGAGGUGGACUUAGAGCCUUGAGCCAGCCAGGGCACCCGCUGCAACCCCUCAGGUCCCCAGUCAGUCCAGUUGACCCCGGUUUUGGACUUGUGUGUAUAGCUGUAUCUUAUACCUCAAGGGCAGUGUGGCUCUGGGGAAUGUUGGGGCAGGGGCGGGGGACAAGGGGCGCUGUUGACGUGGUGUCAGCAGUCGGCAGGAGUAAGUUCUGGGAAGCCGACGGUCGCCCUCACCCCUGCUUCCUCCCUCUGUUGUCUGCCUGUGUGACACACACCGAUGAUGGCAAUAACUUCUUCCAGCUCCUCGCAGGAGUGGGAGAGGCCUGCAGCCUGCGC